UAUCGUCAAAAAAUAAACUGAAAGUAAGUAACCGAAGAUCCAGCAAAGCUGUUACAUACGCAGAAACUACUGUUAAAUAGAAGUGUCUCGAAUACACAAAAGUAUCUAACAGCGGUGUUUAAUAAACAACAAUGGAUGAUGAUAAUCGUUUUCUCUCCCUUAGUCCAAAUACGCUGCAGCUGCAGGCUGGGAUGUGACCAUUUCUCUGCCCCCGUCCGUCUCUAAGCGCUCGCAGCGCUGCGCUUUGUUACCGAGCGCCAGCCUGCGGAUCCGCGCAUAAUGGCGCAGCCAGACCUGCUUUCGAAACCGCCCGGACACCGUCGCGGAAUAUUCACGAAAACAACCACCAAAAAUCACUCAUAACGGAGGGGAGCGAAUAGAAUUGCCGCUCGGCACAAUUAAACAAAACAGAGCGAGGCAAUUUAUUGAUUUAUUUAUUUUAUGCCACCGCUUGACCUUUAACCCUGCGCUUCAACCUAACACCACAUCCUCCUCGGGGACGGGGGAGGGCUGCGGGGGGGCGUGGCUGCACUUAAUGGACAGCAGGAGCGCCAAUGGGCCGGCGCGACCGUGCUCGAGACGGCGUGGGCAGCCAAUGAGCAGGAAGGGACACGGGGGCGGGAUCAAGCCGAGCCUGCUGCCGGGGUAACGGAGUUUUUUUGGGGUUGCCGGCGGAGUCGGAUCUCCCGCCAUUUUUCAAUAAGGAUUUCACCCUGUUGUUUGUUUUCGCACCUGCUUUAUUGUCGCUCACCUUCCCCCUGCGCGUCAGGUGAACGGCGAGCCGGGAGCGCCAGAGAGCGGUGUUGUCCUGCGGCGAGAAGCGAGCCGGGAGAAGGCGCGACAGACCCCCGUCUGCGUCCCUGUCUCCGGGAGAGCCCGUCUCCAUCCUCAGCCGCACACAGCGGGAUCUCCGCGGCCAGGAGGCCAAUCACAUUUCCCGGCCCGGGCUCCAUCGCCGCUCCCCAUCCCCGCGCAGACCAGGAGGAUGCCGGCGCCGGCUGCCUGAGCCAGCCAGCCAGCCGCAGACGGGCCGGCGAGCCGGCGGGGGAGCCGGUGUGUGACCGUGGCGCCGGGCGAGCCGAGCCUCCUGCAUGCCCUACGCGCGGGGUCCCCGGAGCCGCUGUGUGAUCCUGCAGUCUGGACUUCAUGCGAAGGGCCUCCCCGCUCUCUGUGCGGGAUUUCGGACAGCUGCCUGAGCCGAGGAGCUUCUUUCGUCGCCCGUCCGCGCUCCUGCCGCCGGCCCGAUGGCACCGCUGCUGGGCCGGAAGCCCUACCCGCUGGUGAAGCCGCUGGCGGAGCCGCCAGGCCCCGAGGAGCUGGUCUACACCAUCGAGCACACGAAGGAGGCCUUCAGGAACAAAGAGGAGUACGAGGCGCGCCUGCAGAGGUACAGCGAGCGCAUCUGGACGUGCAAGAGCACUGGCAGCAACCAGCUCACUCACAAGGAGGCCUGGGAGGAGGAGCAGGAGGUGACCGAGCUGCUCAAGGAGGAGUACCCCCCCUGGUUCGAGAAACCGGUUCUGGAGAUGGUCCAUCACAACACCAUCUCUCUGGACAAGCUGGUUGACCAGGCCUGGGUGGAAAUCCUCACCAAGUACGCAGUGGACGAGGAGUGCGACUUCCUGGUGGGGAAGGACAGGAGCCUGCGGGUGAAGGUGGUGAAGGUGCACCCUCUGGAGAAGCCGGAGGAGGACUCCGCGGAGAAGAAGCUGGAGGGUGCCUGCGACUCGCCCUCUAGUGACAAGGAGAACUCCAGCCAGGAGAACCAGACGAAGGAGCCGCCGGGCAAGGAGGAGGAGAACAGGAGAGAGAGCCUCUGUGACCGGGCCCGUCGCUCUCCCAGAAAGCUUCCCACCAGCCUGAAGGAGGAGAAGAAGAAGUGGGUCAUGCCAAAGUUCCUGCCACACAAGUACGAUGUCAGGCUGAUCACUGAAGACAAGGUCAUCAGCAAUGUCCCUGCUGACAGCCUUUUCCGCACGGAGCGACCCCCCAACAAGGAGAUCAUGCGAUACUUCAUCCGACACAACGCCCUGCGCCUGGGCACAGGGGAGAGCGCCCCCUGGGUGGUGGAGGACGAGCUGGUGAAGAAAUACUCUCUGCCCAGCAAGUUCAGCGACUUCCUGCUGGAUCCAUACAAGUAUAUGACCCACAAUCCCUCAACCAAGCGUAAGAGUUUGAGCUCCCCAGACAGGAAGCCCUCCAAGAAGCUCAAAACAGCCGAGUCAGGAGGAGACUCGGACGUGCUGAAGGAGAAAGGAGACAAAGAGAAGAAGAAGAGGAAAAAAAACCCACUCGCUCCCCCCCUAAGCCCCACACUGUGGAGUCAUGUGCAGAUGAAGAAGGUGAAUGGCUCUCCUCUGAAGGUGAAGAACUCGGGGACCCCCAAGAAACCGAGCUCGGAUGGGGAGGAGGAGAACCUGGAUGAGGUGAUCAUCGUGAACAAGUUGGGCUCCAGCUUGAGCAUGGGUGGCAAGAAAGGCUCCAAGACGAACAAGAAGCCCCGAGAGAAGAAGCCGAAGGAUGGCAAGCAGGCGAAGAGCAAGAAGAGUGGAGCCAAGGUCCUUAAUGGCCAGAAGGCAUCCAAGAAAGAAGGGAAGGGAGCCAAGAAGCCCAAGAUGAAGCAGAUGACCCUUCUGGACAUGACCAAGAGCAGUCCGUCGCGCAGCCCGCAGAAAAGGCCCAAAAGCUCUGCAGGGGGGACGCCCAAGCUGGGGAAGCCCCUGCCGCCUAUGGCCCUCCACCUCCUGCGGUACUACAAGGAAAACAAGGGCAAGGAGGACAAGAAGAGCGCGCUGUCCAGCCUCAUCUCCAAGGCAGCCAAAGUCCUGUCCCCCGAGGACCGCGGCCGGCUGCCCGAGGAGCUGAGGGACCUCGUCCAGAAGCGCUGGGAGCUCCUGGAGCACAAGAGGCGCUGGGCCGCCAUGAGCGAGGAGGAGAAGCAGGACGUGCUGCGCAAGAAGCGGGAGGAGAUCAAGGAGAAGCUGCGGGAAAGGGCCAAGGAGCGGCGCGAGAAGGAGAUGCUGGAGCGGAGGGAGAAGCUGCGGCGCUACGAGGACCAGGAGCUCACCGGGAAAAGCCUCCCCAACUUCAAGCUGGUGGACAUGCCUGAGGGCCUGCCCAACGCCCUCUUCGGAGACGUGGCCAUGGUGGCCGACUUCCUCAGCUGCUACUCCGGCCUGCUGAUGCCCGACGAUCAGUACCCCAUUACCGCCAUGGCCCUCAUGGAGGCCCUGGUAGCAGACAAAGGAGGCUUCCUAUACCUGAACCGCGUGCUGGUGAUCCUGCUGCAGACGCUGCUGCAGGACGAGCUGGCUGAGGGCUACAGCGAGCUGGACAUGGUCCUCUCGGAGAUCCCCCUCACCCUGCACUCCGUGUCCGAGCUGGUCCGCCUCUGCCUGCGCCCCUGGGACGCCCAAGAAGAAAGCGCUCAGGGCUCGGAGGAGUGGGCCCUGGGGGGCUUCGACGACGUGGUGAGCAACGAGUUCCUGGAGAAGCUGGAGACGGCGGAGGUCUUCGAGCUGACGUCCCAGGAGAAGGUCAGCCUGCUGGUGGCGCUGUGCCACCGCAUCCUCAUGACCUACUCGGUGGAGGACCACAUGGAGGCCAUGCAGCAGCACUCGGCGGAGCUGUGGAAGGAGCGGCUGGCGACGCUCAAGGAGGUGAACGACCGCAAGAGGGCCGAGAAGCAGCGGCGCAAGGAACAGAUGGAGGCCAAGGGGGCGGCCGAGGGCUGGGUGAAGGUCGAGGGCGGAGGCAGCGCCACCCCGGUCUCCUCCGCGGCGAAGCCGGAGAAGAAGAAAAGCCAGACCUCCGAAAAGAAAGAGGCUGGCAAAGGGAAAGCCGAGCCUCCGCCUGCCGAGCCUGAGCCGGAGGACAUGAUCAGCACGGUGAAGAGCCGGCGGCUGAUGGCCAUCCAGGCUAAAAAGGAGAAGGAGGAGCAGGAGAGGCAGAACCGGGAGAGAAUGGAGAAGGAGGCCGAGGAGGAGAGGAUCCGAAAGCAGAAGGCCGCAGCGGAGAGAGCCUUCCAGGAGGGCAUCACCAAAGCCAAGCUUGUGAUGCGGCGCCUCCCGCUGGGCACUGACCGCAACCACAACAGGUAUUGGCUGUUCUCCGAUGUGGUGCCAGGUCUGUACAUCGAGAAGGGCUGGGUGCACGACAGCAUCGAGUACAGCUUCACACUUCCCCCCGAGGAGGUGAAGAAGGAGGAGCUGGACACCGAGGGCGAGGUUGAAAAAGAGGAGGAAGAUGGCACGGAGAGCACCUUGAGCGAAGCUGGCCAGCAGGGGGCGCUGGCGAAUCCUGAAACCUGCAUAGAGACGACCGUUCCCAAGCAGGGGCAGAACCUCUGGUUCCUGUGCGACACGCAGCGGGAGCUGGACGAGUUAAUCGACAGCCUGCAUCCUCAGGGCGUGAGGGAGAGUGAGCUCAAGAGCCAGCUGCAGGCCAGGUACCAGGAGGUCGUGCACUCCAUCUACCUGGCGCGCCGGCCCAACCUGGGCCUGAAGACGUGCGACGGGCACCACGAGCUGCUCAAGUUCCUGCGCAGCGACAUCAUCGAGGUGGCCUCGCGACUGCAGAAGGGCGGCCUGGGGUACAUGGACGACACCAGCGAGUUCGAGGAGAGGGUGCGUUCCUUGGAAAACCUCAAGGACUUCGGGGAGUGCAUCAUCACCCUGCAGGCGAGUGUCAUCAAGAAGUUCCUGCAGGGCUUCAUGGCCCCCAAGCAGAAGAAGAAGAGGAAGCAGGGCGGGGAGGAGAGCAGCAAGGCGGAGGAGGUGGACGAGGAGAAGAGGCUGGCCGAGGAGGCCAGGGUGGCCACCGCUGUGGAGAAGUGGAAGACCAUGAUCCGCGAGGCCCAGACCUUCUCUCGGGUGCACGUGCUCCUGGGCAUGCUGGACGCCUGCAUCAAGUGGGACAUGUCGGCGGAGAACGCUCGCUGCAAGGUCUGCCGCCGGAAAGGGUGUCGGAAGUCUCCAGCCCAGCCCUCGCUCGCCAGGAGCUCAGCGCCGCGCAGUAUCCAUAGACUGAGGUUUAGUGUCAGGGAGGCUGUAGUGCACCUGGAGCCCUGUGUACUAGACCGGCCCGCUGCAGUUAGAGUAGGAGGAAGAGGGCGUCCUGAGAAAGGAGCAAAGAAACAAGGUGAGGAUGAUAAGCUGAUCCUGUGUGACGAGUGCAACAAGGCCUUCCACCUGUUCUGCCUCCGGCCCGCCCUGUACUCCAUCCCCGAUGGAGAGUGGCUGUGCCCAGCCUGCCAGCCCGCCAUGGCGCGGCGCUGCUCCCGGGGCAGAAAUUACAAUGAAGAGACCGAGGAGGAAGAUGAAGAGGAGGAGGAGGAUAAUGAGGAGGAAGAGGACGAGGAAGAGGAGGUGUCAGAUGAUGAAGACCGGCCCAUUGGACUGAGCUUGAGGUCUCGGAAGGCCGCCAAGGGCAAGCAGUGUCCGCGCCUGAAGCAGGGCGGCAAGGCCGCGGCCACGAAGAAGCCGUCCCCCCGCAGCGGCCGGCAGAAGGGGCUCAGCAGCCCGGCCGACAUCGACGAGCUGGUGCGCCAGAGCUCCAGGCAGGGCAUCAGCAGACAGGCCCUGGAGCUGGAGAAGUGUGAGGAGAUCCUCUGUAAACUGGUCAAGUUUCGCUACAGCUGGCCCUUCAGAGAGCCGGUGUCUCCCGAGGAGGCGGAGGACUAUCUGGAUGUGAUCUCUCAGCCCAUGGACUUCCAGACCAUGCUGCGCAAGUGUGCCGCUGGGCAGUACCGCAAUGGCUGCGACUUCCUGGAGGACAUGAAGCUGGUCUUCUCGAACGCCGAGGAGUACAACCAGCCUGGCAGCACGGUCCUGUCCUGCCUGGCCAAGACGGAGCAGUGCUUCACAGACCUGCUGCACAAGCUCCUCCCGGGGCUCAGCUACCUGCGCCGCCGGCCGCGCAAGAGGGGCGGCCGCGACCCCGCCCAGGGCGAGGAGCAGGAGAGCGAGGCGGAGGCCGAGGCGGAGCUCGGGCGCCGGGCGCGCCACAGCAAGCACAGCAGAGCCGACAGAGGGGAAGGCGAGGAGAGCGGGAGGAAGGCGAGGCAGAGCAGGCGCAAGGCCAGCGAGGAGGAGAGCGAGGAGGAGGAGGAGGCCUGUGUGGGGAGGAGGAAGAGCCAGCGUGCAGCCGCCACCUCCGGCAGGAAGGAUUACAGGGAGCAGGAUAGUGACAGCGAGCAGGAGGGCAGCAGGUGGCGCAGGGCGGCGGCCAGGAGGAGCAGCAAGCUGGAGCAGGACGACGAGGAGGAGGAGGAGGAGGAGGGCAGCGGGGAGGAGGAGGAGGAGCAGGAGAGCCGGAGAACUCGGUAUGGCAAACGGGGCGCUCAGGGAGACAGCAGCGAUGAGGACAGAGGCAGUCAGCGACAUUCCAAACGGCAGAAACGCACUGUGUGAAAGUCAGUGCCCAGGGGGAGGGGAGGGUCUGUUCUCGUUAUUUUGACAUCUUAUAUUUACAUUUUGUUUUUCCAAAUUCUUCCCUUAUUGAUUCAGAAUUUACACCCAUGGCUACCUGACUGGAUUGUCAGUUGUUUUUUCGUUUUCUUAUGUUCAUAUUUUGGAAAAGAUUUAUAUUCAUAGCCUGUUUAUGGGUGACUUGUUUUUCGACCAGAAGGAAAAGAGAACUCUUCAAAAAGGACACCUAAGGUCUCGUAAAAGGACUCGUACAGGUCUUUCCCCCACCUGAGAUUCAGUGACAUAAAGAUUAAAGCUGAACUGCUUGUGA